AUGGCUGGCCCUGGUUUUGAUCCCAACGAGAUUCACAACUUUCUUCGCACGUAUCCUUCGAGCGACUACACUGGAGUGUACGGCUAUUCCCAGAACCCAUACAGUGUCGGUGUUGAGACUCCCCGAUAUGCAGUCUCGAUAGUCAGCGGUGACUUGCCAGAUGGUUCUGAGUUUGACCAUACCAAUUCUGACGUCCAAUCGUCAUAUACAGCAGCGCCGAGUGUUGCGUCACGAGCAUAUACCACUACAUCCACGAUGCAGUCCAGUACAGCAUCUGUAUUCAGCCGAUGGGAUGACCAGAGCUCGGUAGGCAGAACUUCGAUAGCGUCUGGACGAAGAAGUAUUGCGGCGCCACCAGCUCCUACCAAUUGGACGCAGCAGACUGGUGAGCUGUGGUGCGAAUUCAGUGAGCUCAAGGGCUGUUCGGCAACAUUUCGACUUGAUGACGAAGUUGGUUGGAUUGAACACCAUGUCCGCCACUUGAGAGAGAAGUUGCCUGUGCAGUCUCGUUGCUGGUUCUGCGAUGACUACCCCUUCGUCGCCGAGUCCCCUAGCGACCUGUAUCCCAGAUUUUACGAGCGCAUGCAGCAUAUCCGCUUGCAUAUUGAUUUCGAGCCGGUGACAAGCGACCAUAUGCGUCCAGACUUCCACGUCGUCGAACAUAUGUAUAGGCAGCGUCUGAUUCCCGAACACACGUAUCGCCUCGCGAUGCAGUUCGAUGAGUUGCCGCCACAACUCCAGAUCCCAGGGACGCCAGGCGCGGCUCCGCCGUCAUCGUCUUCAUCAAUCUCACGACCAUCGAGAAAUUCGUCGAGUCGGCAUCGAAUGGAUUGA